UGAAACUGCCAUAUCUACUCACAAAGAAAAUAAAAAAAGAGUUAUAGACUUUUCUCUUUGACUUGUUUGAAAUUAAAGAAUUUUGAAAAAUAUUUUAUAUUGAAUUCGUGUAUGACAUUUUUAUUUAAUAUCAAGCACUUUCUUUGAUGAUUUAGACAACUAGAUUGACAGAAGAGAAGAAAUUAUGGAGAAUAUUUUUACGUAUUGAGGUUGUGUUUCCAUAAACAAUUUAUAUUUAUUUCUAAAUUGACUAAAUUUUCUAAACGGAUAACUUUUUUAUAUUGCCAAAUAAUUCCAUAAUAGUAAUUUUUCAAUUUUAUUUGUCGACUUUAAAUUAUGGAAGCUGUAGACAUCCAAGCUGUUGAAUCAAAACUUAGUGAUGUAACUGUUACACCAAUUCCACUAAUUCCCAAACCAUCAACAAGUAGUCAAUCACAGCAACAAACUUCCAAACAAGAACCUGGCCAAUCAAAAUAUGCUCAACUUUUGAGUGUAAUAGAAGAAAUGGGACGAGAAGUCAGACCUACUUAUGCAGGCAGCAGGAGUUCUGCAGAAAGACUGAAAAGAAACAUUGUUUCUGCUAGAAUUUUAGUGAGAGAAUGUCUUAUAGAAACAGAAAAAAGUGCUAGACAAUAAUAUUUUCAUUUCAACAAAUAUAAAUACCGUCCAAAGAAUGUAAGAAAAAUCUACCAUUGAUACUGUAUAUACUCUACAAGAAUUCUGCUCUCAUUAGAGUCAUCCUUAUUGAAAGGACCCAGAUUUAUUACUUUUUCACAUUAGCAGAGUGUAGAUGUAAUUUUAUAUUUUUAAUCAAAGGAUAAAUGUGACAUUUUAAUUAACUAUAUUUAGUGAAAUAUGCAAAUGAUUUAACUCCUAUUUAUGAAUGGUCCAUGUAGGAAUAUUUUGUGUAAUUCCUUGGUAGAUUUUUUUAGUUCACUUUUACCCGACAAUUGCUGCAAACAAUGUGAUAUUUCCAAAUAUGCAAAUGCAAAUCAGGUAUAUAAAUAGUACAAAUAAAUCACUUUAGAUAACAGACCUGUAUAUUUUAUGAAGUUAUAUAAAUGUUUAUAUUUG